CAGCAGACAGAUCACCACAGCAGACGGUUACGAGUCACUCAUACGAAAUCAGAGGGGAUUACGGACACCAUUAUGUCUAAUAAGGUUAAUCAACACGAUGGUCAACAGGUGAAACUGAAGGACUUCUCAAGAGAAUGCCGCCCCGCUGUAUCUCCUUUACAGUACAGCUACUACCAUGGUGUAUGUCCCACUCCUCUCAGUGGCAAAACAAUAGGCCAGAUGUUAAACAGAGCUGCGGAUCAGGGAGCCAAUCAUGUGAUCUUCAAAGUUCCAGAUUACAACCAGGAAAUAACGCUUGGAGAUCUCCUCCGUAGGACUCGGGCUGCAGCGAAAGGUUUGAUCGCGAUGGGUUUACAGAAGGGCGAUGUCGUCAUGCUUACUGGAAUGGCAGAUAUGGAAAGUAUAGUGUUGUACUAUGCAGCGGUGUACAUUGGACUGGUGCUCUUCCAGCCUUGCAUGCGAUACCCACUGGAUAGAUACCUACCAAAGGCAAUGCAGGUCAAACCGUCAGUGUUGUUUGUUGGUCCGGAAGUAUUACCUGUCAUCAAUGAAGAGCUCGAGAAGAUAUGGAAGUCUUCAGAAACAGAUAGGCCAAAACCACUUAAAGAUAUCAUCUGCACUAAGAACAACCAACACAGUUUCAGUCAAUAUUCAGAAUUCCUGAAGCAGGGUGAAACCGUGUCGGAUGGCACACUAAACGACAUAUCCUCCCGAGUUGGCAUGGACGACAUCGCAUUCAUUUUGACGACAUCAGGAUCAAGUGGCGAAGCUAAACUGGUUUGCCAGUCUCAUUGUUAUGCUGUCAACUGUGCGAAGUUUACUAAUGCCAGAAGAAACCCUUAUCAGAAAAGCGAUAUAAUAGGAAUACGAAACCCAACAACAGAUGAUAUCCAGUUUUUCCUGAGCGUGACACAGGCGGUAUAUAACUGGCAGGAGAUUAGUAUGAUCAUCAUGUCUUCUAAGGUAGAUUUUUAUCAGGACGAUAUCACAUGUCUGCUGCAGUGUAUUCAAACCUACAGGAUGACGUGGUACAGUGGAUAUCCGUUUGAACUUGUGAAGAUGUUGGAUAACCCGAGUUUACAGAACUAUGAUAUAUCAUCAUUACGAGGAGUCGUCGUCACUGCUCAGAUGAUAACAUCAGAUUUAAAACAACGACUGAAACAACAUUUUCCGGACACAAGUAAUGCGUAUGGGUCCUCUGAAGGCAUGGUUUCCAUGAUAUCAGCGGCACUGUCAUCAGAAACUCAGAAGUCAGAGAGCGUUGGCUAUCCAUUUCCUCACACACAGGUGAAGAUCGUAGGUGACAAUAACGAGAUAUUACCAAUAGGUAAAGCUGGAGAGAUAUGUACUCGAGGCUGGUUCUGUUUCACCAAGUACUUAAAUGACCCAGAAAUGACAUCAAAAGCAAAAGGGGAGACUGGAUGGCUGCAUUUAGGAGACAUCGGCAUUAUGGAUGCCACAGGUCACAUAGAGCUGAUAGGUAGGAAAGAGGAGUGCGUGGUGUUUAAACAUAUUGGAGAUAAGGUGUACCCCUCCCUCAUACUGGAUACGGCCAAUAAACAUGAAGCGGUUAAAGAGGCCAAGGUGGUCGGGAUACAAGACAACCAUAUUGGCCACAAAGUAUGUCUCUUUGUUCAACUGAAUCCUGAUGCCGAACUAACAGAAAAACAGCUGGAGGAAUACUUCAAUAAAGAGCUUCUUUUCCUCGAAUGUCCAACGAAAUAUUUCAUCCUUGACGUCAUGCCUCGUGUUGGUUCUAGAGGAAAGGUUCAUAUUCAACGGUUGAAGGAAAUUGCCAUCGAUAGAUUGGAACGGCGAUAAAAUACAACGACUGUGAAGUUAGUUGGAAGAAAGGGAGAAAACUCCCAACGAUUUGUAAUACAGUUUAUAUUGUUGUGAAACCGGUGAAUGAAUAUAUAUAUAUACAUGUAUUGAAAUAUCAUUUUUCUAAUAGAACACUUAGAUGAAACAUUACUUUGUGAUAAGUGAAUAAACAGGACGGACCCUAUCAUCUAACUAAACACAGUAGGGACCUUGUCUUUGAACAGGGAUGAUACAAAUAUAAUCACAUCCAUCCGUAGGGACCUUGUCCCUGAACAGGGAUAUGACCAUACCCAUCCGUAGGGUCCUUGUCUCUGAACAGGGAUGAUAUGAUCACAUCAAUCCGUAGGUUCCUUGUCUUUGAAGAGGGAUGAUAUAAUGACAUCCAUCCGUAGGGACAUUGUCUUUGAAAAGGGAUGAUAUGUGACUUCCAUCCCUAGGAACCUUGUCUUUGAACAGGGAUGAGAUGAUGACAUCCAUCCCUAGGAACCUUGUCUUUGAACAGGGAUGAGAUGAUGACAUCCAUCUCUAGGAACCUUGCCUUUGAACAGGGAUGAUAUGUGACUUCCAUCCCUAGGAACCUUGUCUUUGAACAGGGAUGAUAUGUGACUUCCAUCCCUAGGAACCUUGUCUUUGAACAGGGAUGAGAUGAUGACAUCCAUCCCUAGGAACCUUGUCUUUGAAAUGGGAUGAUAUGAUCACACAUAUCCGUAGGGAAAAUGUCUUUGUAUAGGGACGAUAUGGUCUUCAUCAUUAUGUCUUAUCACUGACAAAUUAUCAAAAUAUGUAACAAUUUUAAAAGAGUGUAUUCUUUGUGUCUUUUAAUGAUUUUUUUCAGGUCAAUAUAUUCCUCCCACCACCUCCACUAUUACCAAUCCUACGGUUUGGAAAGUUCUAAACCUCCCUUGGAAGAAAAGGCGUUCAAUUUCCACUUUUUAAUUGUCAUUUUCAGAAUUUUCAUCUGCUAGUGGUAGUAUUUAAGUAUUCACUUUCAUCCUAACAAGUAUCAAAGUUUUAGUUUCCGCUCCCACGUACUCCACAACUUAACUUUCUGUAAUAGUAUAAAACUGGACAUGACUAUUUAAAAAGUAACAUUUUAGCUUUUUUGCCUUCAAAACGAACAAUAAACUAUUAAUCUAGCAUUUGGGAUUUUCCAGUAUCAAAUUGAACAUUCCUAUUAACUUAUGUGAAUUUUUUAUCUGUUUGCAAGUGAUAGAUACUUGUGAUGAAACCAGUAUGUUACAGACAAACAAAUCUGUACGUAAUAGUUUUCUCCUACGUAGCCAAUGUCCAGUGCGGUCAGUUAAAAUUCUGGGGAAGCCCCCGCCAAAAUUAGCAAUAAUCCAAAUAUAACGCGAAACGCUGCACCCUUUGGCGGGAAGAAUACUGUUUGUAAACAAAUGCAAGCGAUAUGGAGGCAUUAAGUGAAAACAUAUAAAAGUUACUAGAAUUCACGAUGGAUUGUUAUUUGAUGGUUUAAAUCUGCCAAACACGGUCUGACAUACAAAAAUAUCACCAGCGAUGAUGACUUAAUACUUACCAAUAGUCAAGGAGAGUAUUCACAACUACAUCAUUACUUUGGAAAAAGUUUUCUUUCUUGAACUUGUUCCACCUCUCGUACUGCUCUCCUAUUGUUAUUCGAGAGUGAACUUUCUGCCACUGGCCUUUUCUACAUUUGGUGUGCAAUAACAUGGCCCGUUUGCCACGAACACGCUUUUUUUCAGACGCGUUUUCGCACGCUCACAGGUCAAAGUGUGCAUAGGCGGCUUGUUCAUUAGCAUUUAUCGUGUAUGUACAGACGAUUAGGAUUUCCCGUAUAAUUUAUUUUAAAAAAAAGAUGGAAAACACGCGCUUGUAAGUAUUAUAGAACCAAAUUUUUACUGAUGAAUUUGUUACUAGAAAAAAAAACUUGACUAAAUAGCCCCUUUAACGCAGUCGAAUAGUGAUAACAUGUAGAAUAGUUGUCGUUCGUUAGAAAUAAUUAUGUUUUGAAAGUAAGUAUAUUUUAGGCAAGACCACGUCAUCUAGCUCCUUAUUGGUGUUGAAAUUUAUUUCGACCAAUUUGUAAUUUCGAUUUGUAUCCUACUAGAAUUCAUCAUUAACGAGUCCUAGAAUGACAAAACAAUUAUAGGUUGCUGUCUUAUCCAUCAUUACAAUGUAUCAAAUUCUAAAUUCGUAUUGUAUAAUGGUACUAACGUGUGUCUUUUGAUCUAUCAAGGUUGUACUAUUCUAUUUUAUCUGAUAUGUACUUAUGUCCUUGAUGAAUUUAGUCUAGUAAAUAUCAGUUAGCAAUAUACAGUAUAAACAGCAAUAUGUGACUUCCAUAGGAAAGUUAACGUGAUAUGCUUUGGACUAAAGUGCAAUUCCAAGUAACAUGUUUACGCAACAUUUCCAUACUAUUAUAUUAUUAAAUAUAUUUUAUAUACUUAUAUUAAGUUCAUACAUUAUAUGUGUGCACUUUUUAGAUUAUGAAUGUAU